UUCUUUUAGGUCCCUCAACGGUUUUGUGUGGCGCCGAACCAUUACCCCGACCAGAAUUUCAAAACCGACACGUAGCAUUUUCCCUUGCUUCACGUCAUCACUCUCUCUCUCUCCCGCCACCCUUCCAUUUCACACACACACACACACAAUUGGAGGAAAUUAUGGGUGAAUUCCCCGAAACUAUGUUUCCCUAUCUGAACCCGGUUUAGUGAAUUUCCUAUCUUUCGGCAAAAUCUAUGUUCUAUCAAAAACAAGAAAGAAGUUUUUGUCUCUGAUCAACGUGGAUAAGGUGAAAUUUGAAUUGAUUUCUAGGGUUUUUACGAAAUGGCAGGGAAUAAUGAUGUAAUGAAAGGAAACCCACCUGGAAUUUUGCUCAUAAGAAGCAUGAGAGGUAAAGAUUGGAGUCUAAAGACGUAUAAAUACGUAGUUUUGUUGAUCACGUUCAUAGCUUAUACAUCAUAUCAUGCUUCAAGAAAACCCAGUAGUAUUGUCAAGAGUGUUUUACAUCCACACCCAUUUCUCAACAUAACGGUUUCAAAUCCAUGGCCUAUGGGUCCAGUUUUCAUAAAGAAUGAAACUUUGGGUCCUACUGAUUUGUUUCAUUCAAAAAAGAAAGGCUGGGAACCUUUUAAUGACGAGGAUGGUACGUCGAAAUUAGGGGAAAUUGAUGUUGCAUUUCUUGCAUGUUAUUCAAUAGGAAUGUAUGUGGCUGGACAUUUAGGGGAUUCAUUGGACCUAAGGUUGUUUUUAACAACUGGUAUGAUUGGAAGUGGCAUUUUUGUGGGGUUGUUUGGUAUGGGUUAUUUUUGGAAAAUACAUGCUUUUUGGUUUUACUUGCUUAUGCAAAUGGUUGCUGGGUUAUUUCAGGCUACUGGCUGGCCUUCUGUUGUUGCUGUUAUUGGUAAUUGGUUUGGGAAAAGGAAAAGGGGAUUGAUUAUGGGUAUUUGGAAUGCUCAUACCUCUGUUGGGAAUAUUAGUGGAUCCCUUAUGGCUGCUGGUGUUUUGGAACAUGGAUGGGGUUGGUCUUUUAUUGUUCCGGGAGCGUUUAUAUUUUUCGCGGGGAUAAUUGUGUACUUGCUAUUGCCUGCUUAUCCAGAAGAUGUUGGAUUUCCUUGUCCUAAUCGUCCCUCGUCUGUUGAGGAUUUGUCUGUGCCUAAUGAUGAAGAAGCUCAGACAGUGAAAGAAAAUAUGGUUGAAAAUGGACAAGACAAUAUCCGUCGGCAUGGUUCAGGAAAUAGGAGAAGUGUUGGUCUUCUUGAUGCUUGUCUAAUACCAGGAGUGAUUCCAUUUGCACUGUGUCUUUUCUUCUCAAAGUUGGUAGCAUACACAUUUUUGUACUGGUUACCGUUUUACCUUAGUCAAACAGCUAUAGGGGGAGAGUAUGUUUCAGUGAAAUCUGCUGGUAAUCUCUCUGCUUUGUUUGAUGUUGGAGGUAUAGUUGGUGGAAUUCUAGCUGGACAUCUAUCCGACAAGCUUGAUGCUCGUGCUACUACAGCAGCCAGCUUCAUGUAUGCAGCAAUUCCUUCUAUGCUUUUGUAUCGCAAAUAUGGAAGUGCAUCAAAGCUCAUGAACAUUUUGCUCAUGAUGAUAGCUGGGUUGUUUGUCAAUGGACCUUAUGCGCUUAUAACAACUGCAGUGUCAGCAGAUCUGGGUACUCACAGCUCCUUGAGAGGAGAUUCUCGAGCACUAGCAACAGUUACUGCCAUUAUUGAUGGUACUGGAUCUAUGGGUGCUGCUCUCGGUCCUCUUUUGACAGGUUUUCUUUCAACAAAAGGAUGGGAUGCAGUUUUUAUAAUGCUUGUUGUUGGUGCAGUUAGUGCUGGUCUUCUUUUAUCUCGUUUGGUCGUUUCUGAACUGAGCGAGAAGUUCUCUAAACGGCUACCCUAUGGACAACACAAUAGCGGAGGUUGUGCAUCUCAACCCCUUUUAAGUGACCAAAAAUAAGGACUGGUCAGGCAUCAUCGUCUCAAGAAAGAUGGAGAAAUAUUAGCAGAUACAGGUACUACCUCUAUGUGAAAUGCAAGCAAAAAAUCAAGAUUAUGAAACAGCCACUGGAAUCAACGGGACACGCGAUGCCACUUUUUCAUCAACAUGGCCAUUAAUCUUUCUUUAAUAUGCUUUUAUUUUGGCGAUUUAUGGGUGCUUUUGUAGCGCGUUGGAGUUGUUAUUGCCCUGAACACAGUCUCUUGGUACAUGUCUAAAUGAAACAAAGGCAUUUCUUGAGGUUUGUCUAUCGCGGUUGUUGCUUGUUAACUGAGAUAUAUAUUCAAGUUUUAACCAGACGUGUCUAUUAGUUAUACUGCGGCUGAUAUUACCUUUCUUCUUAUUCCAUGAAAGGGGAGAGUUGAUAAAAUGAAGUGAGGCUAGACUAUGUCUACAUUCUGUUC